AGUCUGCGCGCCGCUGCAGCCGCCCUGGACCGCGGUCCCUCCAGCUUCCCAGUCUUCACGCCCUGCCCUGCAUUGUCCCGCGCCUGGACACGUACUGUCAUAGAACUUCACCCAAAUCUCCAUGGUUGAGUGAGUGCUGCUGUCCCAUGAUUCAUGUAGAUCCCGGCCAUGGUAGCUGGCCCCCACCCCUGCCAUGGACGAGGUCACCUUCAAAAGUGACACUGUGCUCUCAGAUGUCCAUCUCUACACUCCGAACCACAGGCACCUCAUGGUGCGGCUGAAUGGCAUGGGACAGCCUGUUUUCCUGUCCCAGUUCAAGCUUCUGUGGAACCGAGACUCUCAGGCAGACUCCGGGGCUGAGGGUGGCCAUCAUGGCAUGGGUCCUGCAGAGCAGACACCACCCUCUGGGCCAGGCAGCACCAGACCCCCUCUGGGCAGUGACUGCAGUAGUGACACCACCAGCCAGGAGGGGGUGGGAGCUCGGCUUGACGAGGACGGGGAUUUGGACGUCGAGAGGAGACCGCGGGCAGCUUCGGACUCCGAGCCAGCAGAGCCUCCAAGAGACAAGGUACAUCCCACGAUUCUAGCACAGGAGGAAGAUGACCCCCUGGCAGACGAAGCACGAGAGAGCAGCCCCCAGGAUGUCAUCAGAAUAGAGCACACCAUGGCCACCCCCCUGGAGGAUGUUGGCAAGCAGGUGUGGCGGGGUGCCCUGCUCCUGGCCGACUACAUCCUGUUCCAACGGGACCUCUUCCAGGGACGCACCGUGCUGGAGCUCGGGGCGGGCACGGGGCUGGCCAGCAUCAUCGCAGCCACCGUGGCGCGUACCGUUUACUGUACAGAUGUCGGUGCAGAUCUCUUGGCCAUGUGCCAGCGGAACAUUGCCCUCAACGGCCACCUGACUGCUGCCGGAGGCGGUGUAGUUAAGGUCAAAGAACUGGACUGGCUCAAAGACGACCUGUGCACAGACCCAGAGGUCCCCUUCAGCUGGUCGCAGGAGGACGUCUCCGACCUGUACAGCCACACCACCAUCCUGCUCGCGGCCGAAGUGUUUUACGAUGAUGACCUCACAGACGCUCUGUUUAGAACGCUGUCCCGCCUCGUUCACAGACUGGAAAAUGCCUGCACAGCCAUUCUGUCUGUGGAGAAGAGGCUGAACUUCACGCUCAGACACCUGGAUGUCACGUGCGAGGCCUACGACCACUUCCGCUCCUGGCUGCAGCGGCUGGAGAGGCUCGCGGAUGGCCGACUGCGCUUUGCAGUGGAGCCGGUGGAGGCCUCCUUCCCGCAGCUCCUGGUCUAUGAGCGCAUCCAGCAACUGAUGGCACCCAGUCUGCUUCGGCCCGGGGAGGACUCAGUUUCCACUAAGAAAUUGGACUUUCUCCACCGGCCCGUGUCAGGAGAAGCACCACACGGCCAGGAAAAUCAGCUCCUUAAGAAAUUCAGCAGUCGGGACACGGCACUUAAGAUCUCCCCGAAUGGAGAAAUGGCCACUUGCUGCCAUUCUUCUGGUCCAUUUUGAUCGUGUGACGUCCUCAUGUGUCUUGGAUGAAUGCCAGGACUUAGCCAUCCAGC